AUGUUGAUUGAAAAAAAUAUCGAACAUAACAAAGUGAGUAAAAUCGUUAGUGCUGUCUGUAGCGAUGCUAAUGAUUUGAUGUAUCAACAUCGAAAGUAUUCUGAAAGGUUUAACGUAGUCGACAUCGAUCCAUUUGGAACAGCAAGCCCAUUUUUAGACUCCGCUGUCCAGUGUUUGCAUAAUGGUGGACUACUUUGUGUAACUUCAACCGAUAUGGCUGUAUUAUGUGGCAGUACUCCUGGAACUGCAAUGGGCAAAUACGGUGGGAUGGCUAUUAAAACAUCAUCUACACAUGAAGUUGGAUUACGAAUACUUCUGAAUGGCAUACAGUCAGCUGCCAGUCGAUAUGGUAAAAUCAUUGAACCACUGUUAUCAUUGUCGGUGGAUUUCUAUGCUAGAAUUUUCGCUCGUGUUUGGUCUAGCCCAAUAUCUGUCAAAGCGAUUGCAGCUAAGCAUGGUAUCUGUUAUACUUGUCCUGGUUGUCUGGCGUACUAUAUACAACCUUUGGGUGAGGCACUUAAUAAUAACAGAGCGAUUGCUCCUGCUCGUGGUCCUCCUGUAGGUCCUCAAUGCACGUACUGCGGUUCAAAAUUUAAUGUAUUUGGUCCUAUGUGGAUUGGACCCUUACAUAGUCGUUCAUUCUUAUACGAUUUCCUUUCUGAUUUGGGCUAUCCUCCUGGAUCCGGCGGUAGUGAAAAUCACUCUUCGCAAACUACAGCGGAUAAGGAUGAAGAGUCUUCAAAAUUACCGAAUGAAUCAGAAACUCAGUUGUCGGACCAGUGUAACUUAGUAUCAAAUAAACACUACGGUACAAUUAAACGUAUUGUUGGUAUGGCGACUAUGGCGUAUGAAGAACUGCCUGAUGUGCCUUUAUAUUAUGCAGUUGAUCAACUAGCAUCACUUUAUGGUUGUACUAUCCCUAAAUUAUUAGAAUUACACUCUUGUUUUCUCAAUGCCAACUAUCGUGUAUCCUGUUCGCAUGCUGAUAAGAAUUCUUUAAAAACUGAUGCGCCACACUCGUUUGUACUUGACUGUUUUCGAGUUCACUACGAAAAACUCCGUGAACUAAAGAACUCGAAUCAAAAUUCAGAUAGUGAAGAACAUUCUAAAGAAGUAGUUGAAACAUUAGAAAAAACUAGUAUUCGAGAUAGGAGACGUGCGAGACGUAAACGUAGUUGUAACGAUAACGCAGAAGAUGAAGACAUAAGCUAUGAGCCAAAUAGUGGUGAAGAUCGCAAGACAGUUCGCGCCAGCCUAUUGACCAGGCCAAUUAAUCCAUCAGUUUCUUUCACCUGCCAUCCGCUCGCCAAUCCACCUUCACGAAAUAAUGGACUACUGAGAUAUCAAGUAAAUCCUGAAAAACAUUGGGGUCCUAAGUCUAAACGGAAAAACAAAGUUGCAUCUCCCCAGUGA